AUGAAUAAUAGUAAAGAAACAGCCGAACUUCUUAUUUCACAUGGUGCAAAUAUCAAUGAAAAAGAUAACGAUGGACUAACUGCCCUUCAUAGAGCAGCAGAAAAUAAUAGCAAAGAAACAGCCGAACUUCUUAUUUCACAUGGUGCAAAUAUCAAUGAAAAAGAUAUUAAAGGAAAUACCGCUCUUCAUAGAGCAGCAGAAAAAAAUAGCAAAGAAACAGCCGAACUUCUUAUUUCGUAUGGUGUAAAUAUCAAUGAAACAGAUAAUAAUGGACUAACUGCCCUUCAAUAUGCAUCAUAUUUUAAUAGUAAAGUAACAGCCGAACUUCUUAUUUCACAUGGUGCAAAUAUCAAUGAAAAAGAUAACGAUGGACUAACUGCCCUUCAUAGAGCAGCAUUCAAAAACAAUAAAGAAAUAACCGAACUUCUUAUUUCACAUGGUGCAAAUAUCAAUGAAAAAGAUAAUGAUGGAAAUACCGCUCUUCAUAGAGCAGCAGAAAAUAAUAGCAAAGAAACAGCCGAGCUUCUUAUUUCGUAUGGUGCAAAUAUCAAUGAAAAAGAUAUUAAAGGAAAUACCGCUCUUCAUAGAGCAGCAGAAAAAAAUAGCAAAGAAACAGCCGAACUUCUUAUUUCGUAUGGUGUAAAUAUCAAUGAAACAGAUAAUAAUGGACUAACUGCCCUUCAUAUUGCAUCAUAUUUUAAUAGUAAAGAAACAGCCGAACUUCUUAUUUCACAUGGUGUAAAUAUCAAUGAAAAAGAUAAUGAUGGAAAUACCGCUCUUCAUCUUUCAGCAUUCAAAAACAAUAAAGAAAUAACCGAACUUCUUAUUUCGCAUGGUGCAAAUAUCGAUGAAAAGAAUAAUGAUGGACAAACCGCUCUUCAUAGAGCAGCAGAAAAAAAUAGCAAAGAAACAGCCGAACUUCUUAUUUCACAUGGUGCAAAUAUCAAUGAAAAAGAUAUUAAAGGAAAUACCGCUCUUCCUCUUUCAGCAUUCAAAAACAAUAAAGAAAUAACCGAACUUCUUAUUUCGCAUGGUGCAAAUAUCGAUGAAAAGAAUAAUGAUGGACAAACCGCUCUUCAUAGAGCAGCAGAAAAAAAUAGCAAAGAAACAGCCGAACUUCUUAUUUCACAUGGUGCAAAUAUCAAUGAAAAAGAUAACGAUGGAGAAACUGCCCUUCAAUAUGCAUCAUAUUUUAAUAGUAAAGUAACAGCCGAACUUCUUAUUUCACAUGGUGCAAAUAUCAAUGAAAAAGAUAUUAAAGGAAAUACUGCUCUUCAUCUUUCAGCAUUCAAAAACAAUAAAGAAAUAACCGAACUUCUUAUUUCGUAUGGUGCAAAUAUCAAUGAAAAAGAUAACGAUGGACUAACUGCCCUUCAUAGAGCAGCAUUCAAAAACAAUAAAGAAAUAACCGAACUUCUUAUUUCACAUGGUGCAAAUAUCGAUGAAAAGAAUAAUGAUGGACAAACCGCUCUUCAUAGAGCAGCAGAAAAAAAUAGCAAAGAAACAGCCGAACUUCUUAUUUCACAUGGUGUAAAUAUCAAUGAAACAGAUAAUAAUGGACUAACUGCCCUUCAAUAUGCAUCAUAUUUUAAUAGUAAAGUAACAGCCGAACUUCUUAUUUCACAUGGUGCAAAUAUCAAUGAAAAAGAUAUUAAAGGAAAUACCGCUCUUCAUUUUGCGACAUUCAAAAACAAUAAAGAAAUAACCGAACUUCUUAUUUCGUAUGGUGUAAAUAUCAAUGAAAAAGAUAACGAUGGAGAAACCGCACUUCAUAUUGCAUCAUAUUUUAAUAGUAAAGUAACAGCCGAACUUCUUAUUUCACAUGGUGCAAAUAUCGAUGAAAAGAAUAAUGAUGGAAAUACCGCUCUUCAUAGAGCAGCAGAAAAUAAUAGCAAAGAAACAGCCGAGCUUCUUAUUUCGUAUGGUGCAAAUAUCAAUGAAAAAGAUAUAAAUGGACUAACUGCCCUUCAAUAUGCAUCAUAUUUUAAUAGUAAAGUAACAGCCGAACUUCUUAUUUCACAUGGUGCAAAUAUCAAUGAAAAAGAUAUUAAAGGAAAUACCGCUCUUCAUAGAGCAGCAGAAAAAAAUAGCAAAGAAACAGCCGAACUUCUUAUUUCGUAUGGUGUAAAUAUCAAUGAAAAAGAUAACGAUGGACUAACUGCCCUUCAAUAUGCAUCAUAUUUUAAUAGCAAAGAAACAGCCGAACUUCUUAUUUCACAUGGUGCAAAUAUCAAUGAAAAAGAUAACGAUGGAGAAACCGCACUUCAUAUUGCAUCAUAUUUUAAUAGUAAAGUAACAGCCGAACUUCUUAUUUCACAUGGUGCAAAUAUCAAUGAAAAAGAUAAUGAUGGAAAUACCGCUCUUCAUAGAGCAGCAGAAAAUAAUAGCAAAGAAACAGCCGAGCUUCUUAUUUCGUAUGGUGCAAAUAUCAAUGAAAAAGAUAACGAUGGACUAACUGCCCUUCAAUAUGCAUCAUAUUUUAAUAGCAAAGAAACAGCCGAACUUCUUAUUUCACAUGGUGCAAAUAUCAAUGAAAAAGAUAACGAUGGAGAAACUGCCCUUCAUAUUGCAGCAUAA